AUGAAGGGUUUACCACCUCGCGUCUGGAUAGUGCUAGCAUUGCUGCUUUGCAGCUUUGCGAGCGCUCAGAACGUUGGCUUUACACAAUAUCCCACUCAAGUCGUCUCUGGUCUAGCAUAUCCAGUUUUUUGGGAAGCAAAUGGUGCUACGGUCACGAUUAACCUUCUACAAAAUGGUGCACAGCAACAAACGUUAUAUACCGGCGCUGGUAACACCUUCACGUGGCAAACAGAGGACGAUGACGAUGCUGGAACGAACUACGCCCUUCAGAUUGUUGUCGGUGGAGCGGCGCCAGCGAACAUAGUAUCCGGCGCAAUUUGGGUCAUCGAAGACGAGGAUGGUCUCAAUGUUAAUGGCCAAGUAAUUUACGCGUCUGUUGCAAAUGGACCUGCAUCGUCAGGCCUCGUGUCUGCUGCUGCGCCAACUGUGGCACCACCAGCAUCUGCUGCAAGCACAAACGUGGCGUCUUCAGCACCGGCAUCAGCGCCGGCAUCCGCUUCACAAUCAGCAUCAGGAUCAUCCUCAGCAUUCGCUCCAGCAUCCGCACCGGCAUCAGCGUCGGCAUCAGCAUCAAGAGCAGAGACUGUUACGUUCACGUCCGCUCAAAGCGUCUAUACGUUCACCACGACCAUCAGUCCACCAGCUGCUAGUAACAGUAUGACAGGAGUCGAAACACUCACCUUUGUGUCUGCUGGAGCAACUUUCACGACCACAAUGGGCACGACAGCAAGUUCUGAACCAACAGUAAAUCCUGUGCCAUCAAUACCGAGUAGAAGCGGCUUGAGUGGAGGAGCGAUUGCAGGAAUUGUAAUCGGUCUCCUUGCUCUCAUAGCGCUAGUUGCUGGCCUUUUGUGGUUCCGUAGACGUCGUCAGAAGCAAAGGAGGAUGUCUGGAGAUACCGUGCCACGAUCACCAAUAAUGGCGUUCAUCAGUGGUGGUCGACGAGCCCUCAGCGAUCGACGUUCUGCUCCGAAUGCAGACUCAGCAUAUGCCGUCACGACUGGCGACGAGAAGCAAGCACAACGGCAAAGUCUGGUCUCACCGCUAUCGCCUGGUACGGCAACGGAGCUGGACACACCCACCAACCACCUUGGCACGCAAGGUACAGGUACAACGUUUGCGUCAGCUGAGAUAGAUGGACAAGGACGGCACGAGAUGCAGGCGGUCCCGCCGAGUUACGAACUUGCUGCGGAAGACGUUCCUAUCGCACGAGGAGAUAUGACGAGAUAUCCAGCAACAUGUGUUUCUGUGUCUAGAGUAGGCACAACCAGCGAUGUCUCCGCAUCCCAGAACGAGAAAUGA